UGUGCAGUGUUCCAUAAACAGUAGAAAGAGAGUAAUGCUGCUUCAGAAAGAGACAUGUCUAUGUUAGGGCUGUGGUUGGACAGGCGAGGCACUUUAAGCUGAUUGCCUGCUUUUAUGGAGUUUAUUUGCACCACUGAACAAAGAACAAGGGACAGUUGUUUCUCAACUCCGGACUUCCCAACUUAACACGGGAACGAAGGCUCAUAGACUCAGGACAACACCUUCCUGGACAAAAAUAUCAUGUUCGCCACACGGCUAAAUCACAUCCGUGUAGCUCCUCCUCUCUGCUGACACUGUAACGCUGACGGAGAGCCAUAACAGCACAGAGAGCUGAGAGUCAGUCUGACAGCACACAGAGGAAGAUAGAGGAUCUCCAGAGAACAGACGAGCACAACGAGGAUCAAGAAAUAGUAAGGAGAAACUCGUUUCUUGGGCUUAGACAGUUUUGGCCAGCUGUCUAACUCUGAACGAUUUUAGUCUUCGAUUUGUGAGUAAAAACUGUAAACCUAACAGGUUUCAUCCUCUGCUUCUGACAGCACUAUGGGAGCUUUGAGUCACAUACAGCUAAGUCUUUUAGAAAUUUAUGUUUGCGCAAGUUGACUUACUAGUUUCUCAGAGUGAUAAUAAUGGUUGAACCAGUGGGAUUUGUGGAGGCAUGGAGAGCCCAGUUUCCUGAGUCUGACCCCCCUUGCAUGGAGCUGAACUCUAUGGGGGACAUUGAACAGGAGCUGGACAAAUGCAAGACAUCUAUCAGGCACUUGGAGAAGGAAGUGAACAAGGAGCGCUUUCGGAUGAUCUACCUGCAGACUUUGCUUGCAAAAGAGAGGAAGUCUUACGAUGGGCAGCGUUGGGGAUUUAAAAGGACACCUAAGAUGAAUGAUGAAGACCUGUCCAGCAGCCAGGACAGCCAGAAGUCCCCCACAGAUGAGGUUCCAGUGGAGGAGCAGCUGCAGAGAAGGACUAGCAGGUUAGUGAGAUGUAAACCACAUCCAGAAGAUGUCAACAGUGCGCCCCCCGCAAUACAGAAAGGUGGGGUAUCGCCAGUCCGGCAGGAGUCAGAGAUUCCUGAUUUACCUGUGGGCACGGGCUCAGUAGCAGCCCUGAGAUCUAACUUUGAACGCAUCAGGAGAGCAAACACUCAGUCAGCUGCAGAUUGCAGAUCGUCCACAGUAGGCAGUCAGGAGAAACCUUUCUAUGUGAACAUGGAGUACCACCAUGAGCGUGGACUGGUGAAAGUCAAUAACAGGGACGUGUCAGACAAGAUCAGCACCCUGGGCUGUCAGGCUAUGCAGAUGGAGCGGAAGAGGUCUCCACACUCCCUUCCAGGGAACCUGUCAGCUGCCACAGGCAAUAUCAGCAAACCUGUUCAGAGGGGAAGAUCCAUUGAGGGGAACUGCAGCUAUAAUGGCUCAUGUGAUGACGCAGAGGCUAACCCAAACUUCCUGAAGGAUAAUGUUCUUCGUUCCGGUGUGGGAAAGUCUGAGAGGCAUGCUGCUGAGUGCCAGCCUUACACCAGUGUGUAUGUUGGUGGAAUGAUGGCUGAUGGGGACACUAGAGUCAUCCAUAUUAAGGACCACAGCAUAGAGGAGGAUGCUCACCUCACCUGGCCACGGCGCUCCUACUCCCCCGGCAGCUUUGACGAUGUGGGUGGAGGCUACACGCCAGACUGCAGCUCCAACGAAAACCUAACAUCCAGCGAGGAGGACUUCUCCUCGGGUCAGUCGAGCCAUGUGUCUCCCAGCCCCACCACCUAUCAGAUGUAUAGGAACAAAAGUAGCUCACCGUCCCAGCACUCCCAGCAGUCCUUCGACAGCAGCAGCCCGCCCACAUCUCUGUCUCAGAACCGCCUGAAGCAGCAGGUGAUGGUGUCUGAGGCUACUGUCAUUGGUGUUAGGAAAUCAGGCCAUAUCUGGCCCAGUGAUGGGGACUCCACCACUUCCAGCAGGACCUCUCAUGACAACAGUGUUCAAGGAGAUCUAGAGGCACCGUACAACGACGUCUCCUCUUCAUAUGGCUAUGAUCUGGAGCCCUCAGAGGAGCAGCAGCCUGGCCAUGACUCUCUGUCCCUCACAGGAUCUCCAUCCUCUUCCCCAAGGCUCCGCUCAAAGAGCCGAAGCAGCCGGGAUACCCAGUCCUCUGGCUCGCUGGAGUCCACACUCUCGGUGGAGUUGGAUCAGGAGAAAGGACUGGAGAUGAGAAAGUGGGUUCUAUCAGGAAUUCUGGCCAGUGAGGAGACUUAUCUCAGCCACUUGGAAGCUCUACUGAUACCUAUGAAGCCUCUGAGGGCCGCAGCCACAACUUCCCAACCAAUGCUGACGAUCCAACAGAUAGAAACCAUCUUCUUUAAAGUGCCAGAGCUGCAUGAGAUCCACAAAGACUUCUAUGACGCUCUGCUGCCCCGAGUCCAGAACUGGGGCCACCAGCAGUGUGUAGGCGACCUCUUCCAGAAACUGGCCAGCCAGCUCGGAGUGUACCGGGCAUUUGUGGAUAACUAUAAGGUUGCUGUGGAGACGGCAGACAAAUGCUGCCAGGCAAACGCUCAGUUUGCACAGAUAUCUGAGAAUCUCAAGGUCAAAAGCGCAAAGGACUGCAAAGACCAGUCAGCUAAAUAUUCACUGGAAACUCUUCUCUACAAACCUGUGGACAGAGUGACGCGCAGCACCCUAGUUCUACAUGACCUUCUGAAGCACACCCCUUCCACCCACCCAGACUACCCCCUGUUACAGGACGCCCUGCGCAUCUCCCAAAACUUCCUGUCGAGUGUGAAUGAAGAGAUUACUCCUCGUAGACAGUCCAUGACUGUUAAGAAAGGAGAGAACCGUCAGCUGCUGAGGGAUCGCUUCAUGGUGGAGUUAGUGGAAGGCUCCAGGAAACUCCGUCACGUCUUCCUCUUCACCGACCUGCUGCUCUGCACCAAGCUAAAGAAACAGGCUGCAGGAAAAGGGCAGCAGUAUGACUGCAAGUGGUACAUCCCACUGGCUGACCUAACGUUCCAGACUAUUGAGGACUGCGAGUCCACCUCCAUCCCCCUGGUACAGGACGAGGAGAUUGAUGCCAUGAAGAUCAAAAUCUCACAGAUCAAGAAUGAGAUCCAAAGAGAGAAGAGAACCACAAAAGGGGUGAAGGUGAUUGAGCGGUUGAAGAAGAAGUUAUCAGAACAAGAGUCUCUGUUGCUUCUCAUGUCCCCAAACAUGGCGUUCAGAGUGGCCAACAGGAAUGGAAAGGGUUUCACAUUUCUCAUCUCCUCUGACUAUGAACGUGCCGAGUGGAGGGAGAUCAUUCGUGAGCAGCAGAAGAAGUGUUAUAAAAGCUUCUCUCUGACCUCUCUGGAGCUGCAGAUGCUCACUAACUCAUGUGUCAAACUUCAGACUGUUCACACAAUCCCAAUGACCAUGAAUAAAGAAGAUGAUGAAUCCCCUGGUUUAUACGGCUUCCUAAAUGUCAUUGUGCACUCUGCGUCAGGGCUGAAAAAGAGCUUAAACCUGUACUGCUCCCUCGAGGUGGAUUCCUUUGGGUACUUCGUUAACAAAGCCAAAACACGAGUGUACAGAGACUCCACAGAACCCAACUGGAACGAGGAGUUUGAGAUUGAACUGGAGGGCUCUCAAACUGUGAGGCUGCUCUGCUAUGACAAGUGCUGCAACAAAACCAAGCAGAGCAAAGAGGACGGGGAGAUCACAGACAAGAUUAUGGCCAAAGGACAAAUAAAGCUGGAUCCUCAGGCGUUGCAGAAUAAAGACUGGCAGAGGACAGUCAUCGCGAUGAAUGGGAUUGAGGUGAAACUUUCAAUGAAGUUCACAAGCAGAGAGUUCAGUCUGAAGCGGAUGCCUUCACGGAAACAUUCAGGUGUCUUUGGAGUUAAGAUCAAUGUAGUAACAAAGCGAGAGCGCUCAAAGGUCCCCCUCAUCGUGAGACAAUGUGUGGAGGAGAUAGAGCGACGGGGGAUGGAGGAGGUGGGAAUCUACAGAGUGUCUGGUGUUGCAACUGACAUCCAAACACUGAAGGCAUCGUUUGAUUCAAACAACAAAGACGUGUCAGUAAUGAUGAGGGAGAUGGACGUAAACGCCAUUGCUGGAACAUUAAAGCUGUAUUUCCGUGAGCUGCCGGAGCCUCUGUUCACUGAUGAGCUCUACCCAAACUUUGCUGGAGGCAUUGCUCUCUCUGACAGUGUGGCCAAGGAGAGCUGCAUGCUCAACCUGCUGCUGUCUCUACCAGAGCCCAACCUGGUGACCUUCCUCUUCUUGCUUGACCAUCUUAAAAGAGUUGCUGAAAAUGAGUGUGUCAACAAAAUGUCUUUGCACAAUCUGGCCACAGUUUUUGGCCCUACGCUGCUCAGGCCCUCUGAAAAAGACAGCAAAAUCUCCAGCAGCUCCCAACCGAUCUCCAUGAAUGACAGCUGGUCUCUAGAAGUCAUGGCACAGGUGCAAGUCCUUCUCUACUUCCUUCAGCUUGAGAGCAUUCCAGCACCUGACAGCAAACGUCAAAGCCUUCUCUUCUCUACUGAAGUAUAGCACUUAGAUAUCCUUAAUGUUCUGUUCAGAGGUAGAAUGUCAGCUGCUUAAUGUUGGGGAUGCUGCUGAGCAGCCAUCACUAGCCGGUCUGUUCUGAAGAUAUUUAAUUUAGCCACAAGGGGGAGCCAUUACCCCACUGUGAUGUGGAAACAGCCCCUAUGACUAAAGCCAUUCCUGAUGAGAUCUGAUUAGCAUGUGUGAGCUGUUCACACCUAUGCUCACCUGAUCUCACAAUAAAGCACCAAACAAUUCUGUGUAUGGACAACUUGUUUCCUUCCCUUUUUAAAUUUGAUUUCAAUUCUAAGAAGCAUAAUUUAGUGUACCUUAUUAUUUUCCUCUCCCCCGCCCUGUCACUGUGCACAUUAGCUCCCUAUCACAGCGAGGGAAUUCUGCUGUAACUGGAUUUGAUUUUUGUAGAUGGAUGAAUGGAUAUAUUUUUGAAUGUCUGUAUUUUUCCCAGGAAUGUUUGACUUGGUUGAAAGCUUGUCUGUGCCAAUGUUUUCCUGCUGAUGACCAGUAGAGCAUUGCAGUUAUCCUAAUGUUUACACACUCUUAUUUUCUACAGAAUUGUAAAGUAAGAGACUGAAAACUGUAGUUAACACACAGCAACAUGCAGGCAUGUUGACCGAACCUUUGGAAGUGUUUUGCUAUCUGCUCUUUACUAUUUGUACAAUGACUUUUUAAGUACGCAGGUUUUUUGUGAUGGCGUUCGAGUCUGACUUUUAUGUAGAUAUGAGUGUUAUUUCUGGAGGAGGUACAGAGAGGUUAAAGACAAAUCAUUCCGGGAAAGGCAAGGCUCAAUAAUUCCAUGGAAUUUAUACUGUGCUGUGUAUAAUUGUAAUUUCACAGUUGUCUUUUGUCCAUAUCUCAUAUGUUUCCCACCCUUGUUGUUUUUAAGUUUCUGUUGGAUUUGAGUUAUUCAUCUGAGGUUAUGUACCAGUUAUGUGUCACUUUUUGCAUUCCUCUCUAGUCUACCUUCAUAGGACAGAAUUACACUGCUGUAGAAGUGAGAUUAUCUCUCAUACCACAACGUUUCCGAGUAAGACGCUCUAUGCUUAGUGAUUUACUCAUAUCUAAGUCUGCUGGUUUAGUCACAGGUCUGUCAUCCUGUGCCUAGUGUUAUUUUCAAAGCCAUGUGAGAAGACAAUGUGUGUUUGAACUCAUAUUGUUUCCCAAUCACAAGUACUCACACACUUUUAGCUCUAACUCUGGAGGCUUGUGAUUUAUAUAAAAUAAGCAAUAACUCUGUAAUUCUUAGGGAGAAAAUGACUAGUUGGUCUUAUAUGUAUAAUUAAUGUAAAUAAAAACUUGGUAAUUUUA